AUGAAUGCACCAAGUCGUUAUGAGCUUUUCGUCCUCGAUGAAGGGGAGAAACCAGUUGAGAUCGUCGAAGACACUAAGAUCCCCAAUGCCGCCACCAUCAAGGUCCUCAAGCAGGACCACACCCUCGGCAAUAUGAUUCGCGCCCAACUCCUCCAAUCCCCACAAGUCCUCUUCGCGGGCUACAAGGUCCCUCACCCUCUCCACCCCUACUUCCUCAUCAAGCUUCAAACAGACGGCACCAUCACCCCCGCCUACGCCCUCGAACAAGCAUGCACAAAGCUCAUCGGUACCCUCGCCUCCCUCGAGACACAAUUCAAACGAGAGUUCUCGUAUAAGGAUGUCCAGGGCGGUGCGGACGGUGCAGCGGCGGGUGGUGCUGGUGGGUUCGGCGGAGGCUUGGGAGGGUACGGCAUGGGCGAGGAGGUGGAUGCGUAUGGUGGAGGUGCGGGAGGAGGGCAGGGACAGGGAUGGGCUUCGGGGAGGGAUUAUUUGGAUAUUUAG